UGAACAUUUUUAUAGAUAUAUAUAUAACAAGUUUGUGAAAUAAAUAUUGUCAUAUUAUCCACUUUAAGGCUUCUUUUUAAAAAAACAAUAUAUAAAUAUUUCUAAGCUAUCCCAUGAAUUUGUAUAGAUUAUUAUAAUGUGAAACGCAUCAAAAUUAAGUUAUCCCCGAGGAAAGGAAUCGAAGGGGAAAUUGUAGGGUGCCUGUGUGAAGGCAAGUGAAUUAGUAAGUUUAGGUCUUGUGCGAAGUAGAAGUGACGAAAUUUGACGGAUUCGAUGUCGCAUGCCUUUGAAUAUAGAUUUUAGUAUAAAUAUUUGAAAGUUUUUGUUUCAUAUUAUUUCUCUACAUUCUUUUCCUCUUGAGUAAAUAAAGUGAAGUCAAAAUGUAAUUUUUUAUUACAAUAUUAAUUUCAUAAAGUAUAUUUCUUUCGUUAUUUAAACUAUGAGUAUUUGUUUGCCCAAACAUUUAUUCUGAUGUUUCUUGACUGUUUUGUCAGGAUUUGUCGCAUUCUGUUGUCCAUGCGUUUUAGUACUGGAUACAUAUGGCAGUAUAUUUAUUGUUUCAUAAUAUUAAUGUUAUCUAGUGCUUUGAGAAGCAUUGAAAUGUACGGGAGUAUGGAGAGGUCGUGAAUCAAACAGAGGUAAGGUUACACUGUUACAUUAGAAAGAUAAGACACUUCACCUCCAACACAUGUUCACUAUGGAUUACAAACUAUUCUCAAGGCUCUUCACUCUACUUAUUCACAUCCACUGGCCGAAAGAAUGUUCGUCAGAGUGGCUGGCAUGGGGUCCUUGCAGUGUUACCUGUGGAGAGGGGGUUCGCACCAGACAUUUUGAUUCACAGAUCCACGUUACGCAGACUUGGAGGUGUCAUAUGCAGCAAUGUCCUGAUACCCCUGGGGGUUGGAGUCAUUGGUACUGGAGCGCAUGUUCAGCUACAUGUGGCCAAGGAAUCAGGACAAGGACUCGAACGUGUACACAUCCCACACCGGGGGAAUAUGGCGCGUAUUGUGUAGGUCCGGCUUCACAGACGUAUGAAUGCAAUGAUCGACACUGCCCUGGAACUGAUACUGCCACUGUCAAUGGAGGAUGGGGUCAUUGGAGUAGAUUAAGCCAUUGCUCGGUGUCAUGUGGACGAGGAACUAGGACACGAACUAGAACGUGUUCGAACCCUUCACCUGCAAACAAUGGCGCAGACUGCGUAGGUCAAUCAACUGAGUAUCAUGCAUGCUAUGAACAUUCGUGUCCAGUAAAUGGUGGAUGGAGCCAUUGGAGCCCUUUUAGCCUGUGUUCUGCUACGUGUGGAAGGACAGGAAUUAGGACAAGGACUAGAACAUGCACACAUCCAACACCUGCUAACGGUGGCACUACAUGUGAGGGGUCAUCCAGGGAAACUCUAAGAUGCCAUUUACAUCACUGUCCAGUUGAUGGAGGCUGGAACACAUGGGGCACCUUUGGUCAUUGUUCUGUGACGUGUGGAUCAGGACAAAAAACCAGAACGAGGUUAUGUUCCCACCCAUUUCCUGCACAUGGUGGUGCUGACUGCACAGGUGUAAAUUCUGAGGUGCUAAACUGCACUGAAAAACCUUGUCCAGUUGAUGGCUCCUGGAGUGGUUGGAGUACUUUUAGUCAAUGUUCACAUACUUGUGGAUAUGGAAUGAAAACCAGAAGGAGGACUUGCUCACACCCUGCGCCUGCGCAUGGAGGUGCUUACUGUCAAGGAGUGAGAGUUGAUUCCAGCAUCUGCUCAGAACGGUUAUGUCCGGUCAACGGAGGAUGGAGUACAUGGAGUAAAUUUAGCCAUUGCUCAGUGCAUUGCGGAAGAGGAACAAUGACAAGAACUAGAACGUGUUCGAAUCCUACACCUGCACACAAUGGUACAGACUGUGUUGGUCAUGCAAUGGAAACUCAUCAUUGCAAUGGACAUUUGUGUCCAGUGAAUGGAGGUUGGAGCAGUUGGAGUCAGUACAGUCAAUGUACGACAUCUUGUGGCGGAGGGACUCAGGUUCGAACCCGUACAUGUACUCAUCCAAGACCUUUACAUGGAGGGGCUAAUUGUAAAGGUUAUGCUAUUGAAACACAAAAAUGCUCAGAAAACGGUUGUCCAGUUAAUGGAGGAUGGAGUACAUGGAGUAGUUUUAGUCAUUGCUCAGCGCAUUGCGGAAGAGGAACAAUGACAAGAACUAGAACGUGUUCGAACCCUUCACCUGCACACAAUGGUGCAGACUGUGUAGGACAAUCUACUGAGUCUCAUUAUUGCAAUGAACAUUUGUGUCCAGUGAAUGGAGAGUGGAGCAGUUGGAGUCAGUACAGUCAAUGCACGACAUCUUGUGGCGGAGGGACUCAGGUUCGAACCCGUACAUGUACUCAUCCAAGACCUUUACAUGGAGGGGCUAAUUGUAAAGGUUACGCCAAUGAAACACAAAAAUGCUCAGAAAACGGUUGCCCAGUGAAUGGCCAAUGGAGUACAUGGGGUCAAUAUAGUGAAUGUACCAAGACAUGUGGAAAUGGUUCUAAAACAAGACAAAGAUUAUGUUCGAGUCCAGCUCCGUUAAAUGGCGGAAAAGAUUGUUCUGGGAAUAAUUCAGAGACUGAGCAAUGUAACAGCACACCAUGUCCUGUUGAUGGUAGUUGGAGUACUUGGACUGAUUACAGUAGUUGUUCAGUCACAUGUGGCGAAGGAAUACAGGAAAGGGAGAGAACUUGUACAGAACCUCCCCCUGCACAUGGCGGUACAGAUUGUGUUGGGAGAUCAACAGAAAUCCAAAAUUGUACUAAAUCUAAUUGCCCAGUUGACGGCCAUUGGAGCGAUUGGAGUCUUUUUAGUGAGUGUAGCAAAACGUGCGGAAAAGGUUCUCAAAGACGUCAAAGGACUUGUUCUAACCCAGCGCCGUCCAAUGGCGGAUUGGUCUGUGUUGGGGAUUACCAAGAAACUGUAGAAUGUGAAGUAAAACCAUGUCCGGAUCCCCUACAUUGGGUAACAGUGCCAACUAAUCAAUUGGUAACACUUGGGAAACGGAGAAAAAGAGAUGUACAUCAUUAAAAUGGAAAGCUAUAUGCCUGAGUAAAAUGGAAAGCUAUAUGACUGA